GCUCUCCCCGGCGCUCAACGUUCAAGUGUGCGACCUUUCCAGCGUCGCCAUCGGCCUCUUGCAGCUGUCCUCGCAUAACUGUGCGUUGCCUGCCGCGCCCGGUGCCCUUGGUUGUUCGAGUUGUCUGAUUAUGGUUGCAUAGCUCCACACUCUUAGCUUGCACCUUCGUCACCAUCACUUCAUCGUUCUUUCCCUCUCUUCCCUCUUCUACUCUUACUUGCCCUUUCAUAUUCGCUCUUCAUAGCUGUCUUUCUUCCCGUAAAUGUCAUCCUCGCGCUCUUCGGCAGCGCCAUGGCCCGCCCAGACUCCGUUGACUCCGCCUUUGCAUCCCGGCAAGAGGAAACGCUCUGGGAUGGAGGUGCACGCUCGCACACCCAAGAUGGCCCGCGCUACUAUAGCAAAUCAGACACAGAUAGAGGAGGCAAUGAAUGAAUGUUUUGACUCCGAUAAUUCCGUCGUGUCAUGUUGGCCGACAAACGCGACUGUCAUUGAACAGAAUGAUUCCUCUGCGUUUAUAUGGAACAGCAGAUUACCUUCAUUCACGCAGUUUAAUCUGGUUGACAUAGCCUUGUUUCGUGCAGAUACGGGCCAGAUCGUGCGACAAUGGAACGACACGACAAAUCCUUCGAAUAGAGCUGGGAGCCUUCCCAUUACUACGGAAGACGAGUGGUGGGGGUCGCAAGGCCCUUCAUGGGACGGGUCACCCACGCCAUUCCCUUUCUAUUUUGCCGUCGUUGCGAGUGGUACACCGGUUAUUUCAGGCCAGCCGCAGUCGACGUUUACUGCAGUCCAAACGACCUUCCCAGCUUCAGUCAUCGCAUCGAUGUCAUCUGCCUCCGUCGCCGCAGCGUCUUCGUCGGCCGCAGCUGCUUCUUCGUCACUCCAUUCGACGCAGACGAGUGAUGGUCUGACAAGCUCGACGUCUGGGGGGAAUGUCCAGGAUGCAAGCAAUAACUCGCCAUUCCCACGAUGGGCAAUCGCCGUCAUCGUGAUUCUUGGGUUUCUCGCACUUGCCGCGCUCGUAGCUCUUAUUUUCCUGGUCAUUGCCCGUGCCCGCCGGAGACGAUAUGACCCUUCGCGUCGGGGUUCAAUGGGUUCACAAUCUCCGAUGAUGGCGAAUAUGGCAAACGCUCAGCAAACCGGACCUCUUUCCCCUCAGAUGGAAACUGGUGAAACCGGACAGGCAUUAGGUGCGGGAAUUUUGGGUGGUGCGGUGGCAGGGAGAGCGGCUUCUUCGGUUGCGCCUGAAAACGACGGAGCCUCGUCAACGAGUGAAAAUUUGUUCUCAGGUGCGGAUGCGGCAGUGAUGGCUGAGGCGUUCCGUAAGGCAUUGAGAAAACCCGAGUUCGCCGACCAGACAGUGGAGGAAGGUGAAAGUCCUGAGGCGAUAUCGGAUCAUCCAGAGCUGCUUAGUCGAGAACUAGCUGAGGAAGGGCGGGAUAUCCGGAGUGUGGGUUCUUCACGGGGCGUUCGUGUUGAGACGCUAAGCGAUGAUGGUGCCGACACUGCGACUGCAACAAGGCACAGCACACCACGGAACAGUACAGGGUGAUGUUGAAGUUGUCGCCCAAUUAACAACUGUCCGUUCAAAUUUCCUUUUACUUGUAUGGGGUUUCUGGUUGUUUUCUCCGCCUUUUCCAUCCGUUCGUUCGUGCUGUCCUACGCUGUUGCAGUGUUCACUCUUGAUUCACAGCUCUCACUCCUCGCAAUUUCUCGAUCAUUGGUAUGCUUUGUGACGUAUUGUUCUGUGGUCUGGCCUUCUAGCGGCAACUACUGUGUACCUCAUCAAGCCCCGUCAACUUGCCCUGGCCGUGAUAAUCGUCCAUCUUCUUCUGCACACCCUUUCCUCUCUUCCCAGACUCUUCACCUCUUACGCACUCCGUCUUCCCACCUUGUUCCUCACCCCGAAAUUUCCUUCCUUCCCUCCCUCCAUUCCCCACCUAUCCGCCUACCUAUCUACCUUGGACUUGUAUACGACUUGCAACUUACCCGCUCUCUCAUCAGAGCACAUCUCCCCACCGCGCGUCGUUCUUUACAUUUACUUAUUGCUCUUCUCUUACAUCAUUCCUACAACUGCUUCACGUCUCACGUUCAACCUCUUCUGUGUCUACACUCAACGUUAUUCUGGCUUAUGUUUAUUCCCGCCCACUACUUUCUUCCUUUGCUUUAUUCCAUUUGCAAGUUGAUUUUUUUUUCUUCUUUCUUUUUUUGUGCAUUUUUCGGUGAAGCGCUUGAGCAGUGAACAUUAUUUGCGCCUGCGUUGUGAUUGGUAGCGCCCUACCCCUGCUAGGACAAAUUUGCUGCUUAUGGCUUCGGUGCUUCCGAGUUGCGCAUGCCUCGACGAAUUGAGUGGUAACGCCCCCACUCGGAACCUAUUGCGUACCGAUGGUCUAUUCCUGGAUGCCUGUCCUGGGGAGCGUCACCGUUGUGGAGCUCGAUAUUAACUCGGUUUCGAUGGAGUUCUACGUGCCGUGCAUAUCGCACUCCUGCUCUGCAUUCUUGAAAGGACCGCAGUUUGUCCGCCUGCCGAGGAAUCGCUAUGUUCAGUUCAUAAUUUUGGAACGUUGUGAAGCCAUUAGCCAUUAGCCGCCAAAUGACGACGCGUUAUUUUCUAUGGCGCGAGGGCGCAUAUAUGGUAGUGGUUUUAUCACUUUAUACAUUUAUCUUACGUCCCGAUACCCAACCUCCUCCCAUCUCCUUUCUCCCACCUCUCUCCUCUAAGUCUCUCACCCUUGGUCUUCCUCUUCCUCUUUUCUCCUACCGCUUUUGUGCCUUUUCUUUUUUCUUUUUUCUUCUUUUUCUAUCUCUACUACUGCUACUGUGUUGCAC